AUGGAACUUAUUAAUCAUAUGGAAGCUGUGGAAGAACUAUUAAAAAAUAUUAAAAGCAGCACGUUAAGUGAAAAAGUUAUUGAAGAUAUCAAAAGGAGUAUUAAAGAACUUAGCGAUAUAUCAAAGACUUUUGAAAAUUAUCAGAAUAUCGUUAAUUACGACAUCAAGUUACGUCAAGUAGCAGAUUAUUUAAUCAACGAGAGUUUAAUAAUUUCUCAGGAAUCUGAGAAUCCAGAUAUUAGCAAUGAUCAGCAGCUUUUUUGUACUUCCUUGAAUUAUUUAAAAUUAUUAGUUAAUGAAAUAGCUUAUCAAAAAAGAAUAGAUAUUAUACAGGAUGUGUUGAACUCUUCUUGUAAAAAAGAAAUCUUGUUUAAUAAUGCUCGGUCAGCGGAUGAAGUUAAUAAACGCUACCGAAAUCUCUCGUUGAAUUUCCAUCCAGAUAAAACAAAUCGGCCUAAUACCCCGUGUUCCCUUCAAGGUGAACAUAAAAACCUAGGUAUUGAACUAUUUAGAUAUAUUACAGAGAUUAAGAAUAGCUUAUUGACCAAUUAUGAGGAAAUCUUAAGUAACGAAGGCUGGACGUUUCAUAAAAAAAAUGCAGACGAAUUCUGGAAAAUUACGAUUGACUACCGUAAUGCAGCUAAAGGACAGUGGGAUAAACUAAAACUACUAAAGAAAGAUGAAAUCUGUAAAUUUUCUUCUGAAGAACUGGAGCGUAGUAGCGUGAAUUAUGGAUUGCUAGCCUAUCAGGAAUAUAGAAUGGCAUGUAAAAUUGUUGACAAAGCUAAACAGUUAAAAGAACAAGUAAGAUUACGAGGAAAUAUCGCAUUAUGUUUAUAUGUAUCUAACAGACUUUUAGAAGCUCAGUUAUAUGCAUUGUCAGCAAUUAAGUUACAAUUUAAGAAUUCUCAUGAGGUCAAGUUGCAUGAUUUGAACGAGGCAAAAAAAAUAUUUGAUAAAGUUAGAGGUAGGAAUACUUACGAGGAAAUUCCUGAAUUAAGAACGGAGAUUAAACUGAAAGUUAAUUCUGAAAACACGCGAGCUUUAGUAAGAUUAUUGGAUCAAGGGAUUUCUUUUUCCGACAAAAAAUCUUAUCAACGAUCAAUUGAUAAUGAUAUGCUAAAAAUAAGUACUGAUUUAAUGCUCAAAGCGGACCGCAGUUUGGUUCGUUAUCAAAUACCAAAAGAUGAGAUCUUGCAUGUCAAGUAUCAAUCUACUAAACUUAAGACUGUAGGAGGACUUAUUACGACAACUGGAGUAGGUGUAGGAUUAUCAGUAACUGCAGCUGCUGGCGUAAAAGUUAGUACAGCAAUUUUGUUGGGAGUUAGUACAGUCGGUGGUCCAAUUGGGUUGGUAAUUGGAAUAAUUACCUUUGGUUUAGGGAUAUGGGCCGGUUCAAAACUAUGGAAAAGUGGAAAUAACCUGUCAAAUGUGCCCACUAUUCUCGAAAAUAUCAAUAAUAUAAUGAAGAGAGCACUUAAAGCUUAUGAUGAUGGCGAUCAUCAGCAGUUUAUCAAUGAAUUAUCUGAAGAAUAUAAAACAGGUACCAGUCUUAUAAGGUUAGUCGAACGUUCAGAUGUAAUAAAUCCUAAAGAAAUUAUAGAUACGCUUUUAAGCUAUGGUUUCAGACCAGAUGGAAUAGCCUACCUUUUAAUUUUGCUUGGUGAGGUCUUGAGUAGCGGGAAAUUAAAAAUUGAAGGAAAAACAACGGGGGAGUUAGUGUCGCUAGCAAAGGACGUGCUUUCUGGGAUGAGUUCCAAAAAGCUUGAAGAGAUGGCCAUAAAGCUCGAUGAACGCAUUUGUGAAUUACGAAAAAAGAACAACUUGCUUAAAAUUUUCCUUAAUAGAUUUACAGAUUUUGUUACUCUUAAGGAGUAUAGCAACAUAGCUAAGGAACACAUUGAUGACGCUCAAAAAAUGCCCUUUUUAUCAAGGUUAGAAGAAAUGCGUAACAUCGCAGACAUUAAUCUGGCAAUUUUUGAUAUAAUUAACAGUGGUGAAGAAGAAAUACAACGAGCUAAAAAAACUAUUGAGAAAAUACGAGAUAAGAACGACCGUUAUAGUUUCGCUGAACUGCGCUUAGAAGUUUUGGAAGAUUUUUUAUCGGUCGUUUGUGGUGUAGAAUCACCUCAAGAAUUUCCUCAAGAUUCAUUCAAAUUACCUAAAAUCACUUUUCCUAUGGAAUCUGAAGUUCAAUAA